AUGUCGGCGCUCAGCUUCCGGCGUUUGGGCGCCGCGUGGCGCGCCGCCCCCGCUGUUGCGGCCAGCAGCAGACUUCUGUGCACCGACGCGCUCACCACGCCGGCGGAAUCCGGAAAGGCGGUCGGCUCCGUCGAGCGCAAGCCGCAGCUCGACUCUCGCGCGGUGAGCGCCUUCACCGGCACGCCAAAGGAGUUGCUGGACAAGCGGGUGGUCACGAUUUACCAGCCCGCGCCUGGCGUGCAGAACGCCUCCAAGGGCUGCUGGAAGAUCUCUUGGGACGACGAGAACACGCAGCGGUGGUCCAACCCGCUCAUGGGAUGGACGUCGACGCGCGACCCGUUCUCAAACACGCCGAUGACGCUCGAGUUCCACAGCGCCGAGGACGCGAUCCGGUUCGUUCAGAAUAACGGCUGGAAGUACGAGGUGCAGGAGCCGGUCAGCCAGAACCUCGCGCUUGUGAGCAAGGGCCCCAGGUCGUACGCCAACAACUUUACGUGGAAGGGCCCAAAGACGCGCCAGUCGCAGUGUGGCGCCGGCAACAUGCAGUCCUUCCCGGAGCUGUACGAGCCGCCGCCGCCGCCGCCCAAGAAGUGAUGAGGUGGCUCGUGUCACCGUGGCCCUCGCAACCACGGCGCCGCCCUUCUCAACGGUUGAUUGUUUUCUUUUUCUCAAGAACAAGCAAGACAACAA